UUCUGCUUCUGCUUCUUCUUCUUCUUCAGAGACCGAUUCCUUAGGAAGUCUCUGUAAUUUUAUUUCACUUUUUAUUGUUUAUUAAGUUUAUUUUGAAGAUUUUAUAUCUCCUUACAAAGAAAAAGGAAAAAGAUGGCGAGGAGACCGGACGAGGAAUACGAUUACUUGUUCAAGGUUGUACUAAUAGGCGAUUCUGGCGUAGGGAAAUCGAAUCUCCUCUCCCGAUUCACUCGCAACGAGUUCUGCUUGGAGUCCAAGUCCACCAUUGGCGUCGAAUUCGCCACACGUACUCUUCAGGUUGAGGGAAGAACUGUGAAAGCUCAAAUAUGGGAUACAGCAGGACAGGAACGAUACCGAGCAAUAACAAGUGCCUACUACAGGGGUGCUCUUGGAGCACUUCUAGUGUAUGACGUUACGAAACCAACGACGUUUGAAAAUGUGAGCCGGUGGCUGAAGGAACUAAGGGACCAUGCAGAUUCCAACAUUGUCAUCAUGCUAAUUGGCAACAAGACUGAUCUGAAGCAUCUCCGGGCAGUUGCGACAGAGGAUGCCCAGAACUAUGCUGAAAAAGAAGGCCUUUCAUUCAUAGAAACAUCUGCUCUUGAAGCAACAAAUGUGGAGAAGGCUUUCCAGACAAUUCUGGCGGAGAUAUACCGGAUAAUUAGUAAGAAGUCGCUUUCUUCGGAGGAGCCGGCGCCUGCCAACAUCAAAGAAGGGAAGACUAUUGUUGUUGGGGGAUCGGAGGCCAAUACCAAGAAGCCUUGCUGCUCUUCAUCCUGAGGAUGACCAUGAUUUUCCCCAUCUUGUGGGUUGUUGUUCCAAUUCUUUUCUUUUUCUUUUUUAGCUUUGAAAAUAUAUUUCAACUAUGUUUUGCUUUGUAAUCAGGAUUGAUAAUGAUUUCUUUAUGCGUGCGCUUGAUGAGAUGUAUUACAGUUUCCAUUGUUUUUUUGAGUGUAUCAUACUCUGAUUCAUUGUGAGGACCCUUUUAUGUUCACAUGUUUUAUGAGAA